CAGUUUUGACAUAACUGCAGAAGACUUUCUGCCAUCCGCAGGAAGCCAUUUCCUUUGCCUGAUACACUCGCUGGACUCCGUGGUUCCAAUAGGCCACAGUCAUGCAAGCCAUCAAGUGUGUGGUGGUGGGAGAUGGAGCUGUGGGUAAAACCUGCCUCCUGAUCAGCUAUACCACAAAUGCCUUCCCAGGAGAAUAUAUCCCCACUGUAUUUGAUAACUACUCUGCCAAUGUGAUGGUUGAUAGCAAACCUGUAAACCUGGGACUGUGGGAUACAGCUGGCCAGGAAGAUUAUGACCGCUUGAGGCCUCUCUCCUACCCGCAGACGGAUGUCUUCCUCAUCUGCUUCUCUCUAGUCAGCCCUGCAUCUUAUGAAAAUGUCCGUGCUAAGUGGUUCCCUGAAGUACGACAUCACUGUCCGAGCACUCCCAUGAUCCUUGUGGGUACAAAGCUGGAUCUCCGGGAUGACAAGGACACCAUCGAGAAGCUCAAGGAGAAGAAGCUGGCACCCAUUACGUACCCACAAGGCCUUGCUCUGGCCAAAGAGAUUGAGGCAGUGAAGUACCUCGAAUGCUCAGCUCUGACCCAGCGCGGCCUGAAAACGGUGUUUGAUGAGGCUAUCCGGGCGGUUCUCUGUCCGCAACCCACGAAGACAAAGAAAAGGGGAUGCAUUGUCCUUUAAGGAUUCCAGAUUCUGCCCCUUCACCUCUUGGACUGACCUCGACUAGGUGGCUCAGAGACGGAAUACUUUGGCACCAGCUGGAUUCUUUUCCUGUACCUCUCUGAGAGACCCCAGUAUUAUCUUGGGGUGCUUUUGCACUAGCUGUUAAGUCUACUCCCUCUGUUAAGUCUACACCCACAUGACAUUAUUGUGCAUCUGUUGCAUUCCAGAGUUUUCUGAUUGCCUUGUGUUUUUCCAGACCUGACGUGUGGCUUUUUAUUAUUAUUAUUAUUAUGAUUUUUAAAAAACAAAAUCCAUUUGUGCUGUAGUACCAGCAUGCCCAGUAGUGAAAGGAAAAGCAUUAUUUGGGCUUUUGAAGGCUUCCGUGCCAUCUGCUUCUGUUUUGCAGGUACAGCCUGUUUAUUGCUUUUUGUUGAUGUGGGUUGGGGUGGGUUUUUUUUUAAUGAAUAUUUAAAAAGAUUAAGGUUGUCCAAAUUGCCCCAAUGUCAGGUUCUCUAUUUGUGUGUGUUUGGGGGGGGGGGUCUUCUAAUUAUUCAUUUCCUCUCAUUAUGCUUUACUUGUUUUAAUGGCAGCCUAGUGCUGUAAAAGUGCUAUUUCAGGAUUAACAAAAGCAAAGAAAAAAUAAUCUCAAGAAACAAGUAAUUAAUUCCUCCUCCCCCCCCCCAGUGGGAAGAGAAACUGACACUGGGCAAUUUAGAGAUGCUGGUUAGAAUGAAUCUCCCAGCCCUUUGCAACGUGAAGGAAUAAAGCUGGCAAGAGGAGGAUUUCAAAUAGUGUUAGAAACAGCCUUUGCUGAAUGGAUCUUACUUCCGAGUAGGUGUUAUAGAAUGAUCUUGUCCAUGGGGAAGGGCAUUUCUGGAUAAUACUGUGGUUUGUAAAAAGUGCUGUCUCAAACCUUUGUUUUUUUAAAAAAAAACCCACAUCCAGUUGAUUGAGGAAAAGCCAUGCCUCAGCUGCGUCACUAAAGGGCUUUAGUAUGGAUGCACUCAUAUUCUAUGAAAUCUCUCUACACAGCUUAUCUGCCACUGAUCAUGGCAUAGAAAUUAAGACUCAAUAAACUCUCUGCUCUUCUCA